AUGCCUCACUUCUACUCCCUACCGGCCGAAAUCCAGAACAUGAUUCUCGGGUUCGUCGCCAACACAACCUCCCCCACACCCCACACGACAUCCUCUCCCCCUUAUCUCCCCAGUCUAGCCCCCUACGCCUGCGUCGAUAAGUUCUGGAACUCGUUCUUCGAGUCAAGAACAUUCAAAAACCUCACCAUCACGCAAGCCGACAUCCCCUCCCUCUCGCAUAUCGUAGGCCGCCGCAGACGCACACUGCUCGAGCAUCUCUGGCUUCGCAUCGCGCUGCCAAAUUACGGAACUUCACCGUGCAAACGGGACGAAAAGCCCAAGGUCAUCUGGCGACUGGACGCGGUUUUUACCAGGUCCAUUUCUGACCUCUGGGAUGUCCUUUCGGAGUGGGACAGCACUGGACACAAGGGCAUGACCCUCGAACUUGGCGUUUUUUCGCCGAGUGACUGGGCAAGCUUCAUGAGCCAUGUCUGUUCUGUCCAACAGGAUGUCGAGCUCUACAAGCAUUAUCUCGCAUCUGGCUCGACAGAGCAGUAUGAAGCCGUCGGAGAUGUGCACUGGCCGUACAUCGCCAUGCACAGGACUUUCAACCCGGGACAAGGGCUUCUCACCACCGCGGAGCGUAAACAGCACUGGUUUGCGACCACCAACAACCUGCUCGGCUGGAAGCCGCUCGAAUUCACCGACAACGCUGCGGAGUUACCUCCAGUCUCAGUAGUGACUAAGUUCCUCAUCCGACGACAGCAGUUCCGGGAGAUAUAUCCCACUGCUCUGAACAAGAUGCUUGAGAGUCUAUUGUCUGUCCAAGACAUCCACGUCGAGCGAUGGCGCUGCGCAGAGUCCCACGACGAAAAGGCCUGGUGCAAGGAGGCACAGAGAACCUUUGGAUUGCUUCUACCACCAUCGGUCAAGAGUCUCAGUUUGAGUUCUUACACCCGUUCUGGCCGGCCAACUCGGAAGAGGCCAUCAGAUUGUUACCCGACUGGAAGAACCUGA